GUGUUGUUAUGUUAUCACAAUCAAUCUAGUGCUACCUUUUUUUUUUACUAGUAGGUGGUUCUAAGGCCUAUCGCAGCUUGAACACUUGAUAACUGUCCACAAUAUGGCUGGACUAACUUUCUUAACAAAGGCAUUGAUCAUCAAGACCCGUCUUGUUUUACUAGGAGCUUUAAUUUUCUUUAGCUUCUUCAUUAUUUCAGGAGUUGGGAUAAUGACAGUAAGUCCAAAUCUGGCAUGUGUCCACUGUUCAACUUGAAACAUUGGAGCAAAGGUGUCUGUGAUUUCGCCAUAGCUGUAGCAGUUGUUUUGCAGCUGUUGUACUGCACAUUUAGAUUCGUACCGGCUUUACUCUUGUUUAUAGGGAAGCUAAGAGCUGGAGCCAUCUAUUUUGACUACAGUGUCCAGCGAUGUUAUAUUUUGGGCGAACUGAACUUUACAAUUGUAGUCUUUGUUACUGCCGCUCUUCUGUCAUCGGGAGUCAGUUCUUCAUGCUCAUCAUUCGAUUGCAAUCAAGUUGAUUGGUUUCCUGCCGUCCAAGCUGCACAGGUUGGAGCUUGGUUGAGCAGCAUCAUUUACGUUAUACUUCUGGCCCUUGACAUCAUGGCUCUGCAGAGGAUAUCCAAUGCUGAAGAGUCCUCCAGUGAGCCCCCCAAAGUGGUCUACACUGCCAAAGGUCCAUCAGCUGGCCAAGUAGAGUCUGACCCUGGUCAAGGAUUUGCAAACCCAAUCCAAGAUAUAUAUCCAAACGAAGACAGUCCAUCUUCUGAAAAGCCAUCUGUUUAAACAAUUUAAGCCUCGUUCUAGAAACUUUAAUAACAUUCAGAUGAAUAAGAUUUCAAGGUGUCUUUCUCUUCAGUGUAAAAAGAUUCAUUGAUCACCAGUAAUAAAAGUACUGAUAUUCAUGUAAA